CUUUCGCACACCUCAGGAACACCUUGCAGCCGCCCGCUCCCCGGACGCACCUGCAGCCCUGCCCGGCAGCUCUGCUCACCCACCGCUUGUAAAUGCCCCAGACAUGAGCCAGCCCAGGCCCCGCUACGUGGUAGACAGAGCUGCGUACUCUCUCACCCUCUUCGACGAUGAGUUUGAGAAGAAGGACCGGACGUACCCGGUGGGAGAGAAACUUCGCAAUGCCUUCAGGUGUUCCUCAGCCAAGGUCAAAACCGUGCUGUUGGGGCUGCUGCCUGUGCUCUCCUGGCUCCCCAGUUACAAGAUCAAAGACUAUAUUGUCCCCGACCUGCUUGGUGGACUCAGCGGGGGAUCCAUCCAGGUCCCACAAGGCAUGGCAUUUGCUCUGCUGGCCAACCUUCCUGCAGUCAAUGGCCUCUACUCCUCCUUCUUCCCCCUCCUGACCUACUUCUUCCUGGGGGGGGUGCACCAGAUGGUGCCAGGUACCUUUGCCGUUAUCAGCAUCCUGGUGGGUAACAUCUGUCUGCAGCUGGCCCCAGAGUCGAAAUUCCAGGUCUUCAACAACGCCACCAACGAGAGCCAUGUGGACACGGCAGCCAUGGAGGCGGAGAGGCUGCACGUGUCAGCAACGCUCGCCUGCCUGACUGCCAUCAUCCAGAUGGGCCUGGGCUUCAUGCAGUUUGGCUUUGUGGCCAUCUACCUCUCUGAGUCCUUCAUCCGGGGCUUCAUGACGGCUGCCGGCCUGCAGAUCCUGAUCUCGGUGCUCAAGUACAUCUUCGGACUGACCGUCCCCUCCUACACAGGCCCGGGGUCCAUCGUCUUCACCUUCAUUGACAUUUGCAAAAACCUCCCCCACACCAACAUCGCCUCGCUCAUCUUCGCCCUCAUCAGCGGUGUCGUCCUGGUGGUGGUGAAGGAGCUCAACGCUCGCUACAUGCACAAGAUCCGCUUCCCCAUCCCUACGGAGAUGAUCGUGGUGGUGGUGGCAACAGCUAUCUCUGGGGGCUGCAAGUUGCCCAACAAGUAUCACAUGCAGAUCGUGGGAGAGAUCCAACAUGGGUUCCCCACUCCGGUGUUGCCUGUGGUUUCGCAGUGGAAGGACAUGGUUGGCACCGCCUUCUCUCUGGCCAUUGUGGGCUAUGUCAUCAACCUGGCUGUGGGCCGGACCCUGGCCAACAAGCACGGCUAUGACGUGGAUCCGAACCAGGAAAUGAUCGCCCUGGGCUGCAGCAACUUCUUUGGCUCCUUCUUUAAAAUUCAUGUCAUUUGCUGUGCUCUCUCUGUCACUCUGGCUGUGGAUGGAGCUGGAGGGAAAUCCCAGGUGGCAAGCCUGUGCGUGUCUCUGGUGGUGAUGAUCACCAUGCUGGUCCUGGGAACCUAUCUGUACCCUCUCCCCAAGUCUGUGCUGGGAGCCCUGAUAGCUGUCAACCUCAAGAAUUCCCUCAAGCAACUCACCGACCCCUACUACCUGUGGAGGAAGAGCAAACUGGACUGUUGCGUGUGGGUGGUGAGCUUCCUCUCCUCCUUCUUCCUGAGCCUGCCCUACGGUGUGGCAGUGGGUGUCGCCUUCUCCGUCCUGGUUGUGGUCUUCCAGACACAGUUUCGAAACGGCUAUGCUCUGGCCCAGGUCACAGACACUGACAUUUACGUGAAUCCCAAGACCUACAAUAGGGUCCAGGAAAUUCAAGGGAUAAAGAUUGUCACUUACUGCUCCCCUCUCUACUUUGCCAACUCAGAGAUCUUCAGGCAAAAGAUCAUUGCCAAGACAGGCAUGGACCCCCAGAAAGUGUUACUGGCCAAGCAAAAAUACCUCAAGAAGCAGGAGAAGAGGCGAGCGAUGCCCACCCAACAGAGGAAGUCUCUAUUCAUGAAAACCAAGACUGUCUCCCUGCAGGAGCUCCAGCAGGACUUUGAGAACACCUCCCCGACCGACCCCAACAACAACCAGACGCCCGCUAAUGGUGCCAGCGUGUCCUACAUCUCCUUAAGCCCCGACACCUCCUCAGCUGCCCAGUGCGAGCCACCAGCCUCUGCUGAGACCCCUCCUGAACCCAGUGACACGCUGGCCAGUGUCCCACCCUUCGUCACCUUCCACACCCUCAUUCUUGACAUGAGUGGAGUCAGCUUUGUGGACUUAAUGGGCAUCAAAGCCCUGGCCAAGCUGAGCUCCACCUAUGGGAAGAUUGGUGUGAAGGUCUUCUUGGUGAACAUCCACGCCCAGGUGUACAAUGACAUUAGCCAUGGAGGUGUCUUUGAGGAUGGGAGUCUAGAGUGCGGCCACGUCUUUCCCAGCAUCCACGACGCGGUCCUCUUUGCCCAGGCAAAUGCCGGAGAAGUGGCCCCCGGACGCACCUUCCAGAGGGCUCCAGGGGACACUGAGCUCUCCCUGUAUGAUUCAGAGGAGGACGGCCCCAGCUACUGGGACCUGGAGCAGGAGAUGUUUGGGAGCAUGUUUCACGCGGAGACACUGACUGCCCUGUGAUGACCCAGUGGGUCCUCGUGCUGCCUCCAGAGUGCCUGGCCCUUGGGACUUCCAUGAAGGAUGAGCCUGGGAUCGCGGGGAGUGCUGGGUAGAGGACAGUGCACCCACCAGGAGUUCAGCCCCUCUCUCCACUCUCCCUCCUCUCUUCUUCCCCUACCUCCCUCCCUGCAUCUCUAGAGAGAGCUUCUCAGCAGCAGGGAGAGCCUACUCUUCUUACAGGAGUGAGAGUCUGGAGAACCUGCCCUUCACCCCUCCCCGGACCCUCAGGCCCUACCCGCCCAUGCUCUGCCCGCGGCAGCUGAUAGACACCUUGGCUUCCUGACUUAAAGAGUGAGUCAAGAACAGAAGGACAAAUACAACUGUGCUGACCUGGUAUGCAAGCUUCAAAAGGUGUCCUAGGGCCUGCAAGGCUUGGUGUCAGAUGGAGUCAGGCUGUCACAGGACACAGGGACGAACUUGGUUGGGACUCUCUGGCUUGCCUCCUCCAGCUGCCCUGACUCAGUCACCGAUGGCUCUCCACACCCAGGAGUCUGUCUUGGUGACUGACUGCCCUUCCUCCUCAUCCCGAGGCUGCCGAGGCCUCCAGUACUGUCCAGCCCCUCACACGCUAGCCUGGGCAGUGGCUGGGGCCCUCAAGACUACCAGAGCUACCUCCCCAGGGGCAGCCCACCAAGAGACUGCCUCCGCCUCCAGAAACAUCACUCCCCCUGCCCUGAGGGGCUGCUCCCUUUCACUUGAGGCUGGGUAGGAACCCAAAAGGGGGGAUGGGUAGCUGGCAGAGUCCUCUGGCAAUCUAGCAAUAGAUACCAGUUAUUCUGCUCAAACGCUUUUGGGAAUCCCUCUCUGUACCACAAACGUGGAGGGGAGGAGGUGCUAGUGCCAACCCAGGGCAGACUGGUGGGACCUGGGCCCCAUCAGGGAAAUACCUCCCCUCGGGACAUCUGCCUUGUCCUUCUUUACUUGGCAAAGAGCCAAUUAUUUUAACUCUCCCUUAUCAGCUUGUGGCCCAGAGCCAUAAUGGGGUCCUCCUGCCAGGCAAGGGAGGAAGUCCUCCAGGGACCGGCUGCAGCCUCUAGCUGGGUGCAGAUGUGCAGAAGGGCUGGUCCAGACUAGGUCUUCUUCCACAGGGACCCCCGAACAACCUUAGGACCUAAGGCUAUCUUCUUCUUAGAAAGAUGAAAAUAGGGGUUAAGUUCUUCAUAUAUGUAGGGGGCAUCUAGAGGAACCCCACCACUGACUUGAAAAUAAAGAGGUUCCAUAUGUACGCGUUUUGCAAAAGUUCCACGGACGUGCAUGGAAAAUCUUCUGGCCUCUCCUCACUGAUCCUUCCAAGCUUCUUCAAUGUAAUGACCCCCAACUCUACCAGGCUGGGCUGGCCCAGCCUGGGAAAACAUCCCAGUGUCUAACUUCAGCCUGACCAGCGUCGUCUGUCUGCGUGUUGAGUGAGCUGGUCAGCUAGCGAGGCUUCUUAGAGUUAAAGGAGAGAGUGCCGGCGAAGAGCCAGCACAUUCUUGGCCUGUGAGCAUUGCUUUUUUGUGAAUUCAUUAUGCCAUCUGGCUGCCAAUGGAACUCAAAACUUGGAAGGCAGAAAACAAUGUUAUCUGGGAUUCACUGUGCCCAGCACCCGAAGUGCCAAAUUCCAGGAGGACAAGAGUCUCAGCCAAUGACAACUCACCCUCCCCUACUCCACCUCCUCCAAAGUCCAGCUCAGGCCCAGGAGGCAGUGAAGGUCACAGAGCCUCAGGACAUGCUAAAUCAGAACCCCCUUUGAACCAAGGGUCUAGAUCCCCUGAGGACUUGACAAAGUGACCAUUAAUGCCCAGGCCAGCCCCAGAACUGAAGGGGACUGCUGACUCAUAGUGGCCUGGAGUUAGGCUCAAGGAGGGAUCCACAAUGCGUCUGAGGGUACAAGUACUCACAGAGCCCACGUGGGGGUAUGAUUGGAAACACGUGGAGCAGAGGGAAGACAUGAAGAAAACUUCUCCGAUUGAGUAUUUUGGAAAGAACACAAAUUCACAGACUGCUCUUCUGGACAGGACUGAGGCAGGGGAGGGGGGAAAGUUAGCGAAAUAAUCCAGAAUUUCAAUACUUUUGAAUGUGCUUAGUGCUACCGACUUGUGAUGAUAUGAUUCCCAGGGAGGACCGGGAACCUUAUCUCUUGAGAUGUUUGUGUAACUUAUUUAAUUUAAACGCCAUUCUCCUUUUGUUCAUUUUGGUA